GGAGGUUACUCGCGAUCAGCUUGAAUGCCCCAUGAUCGCAUAAAUGAGGACGCAUUCAGCAAAUAAACUAACGUGUUAAAUAUACAGCAUAAGAAGUGUUUAACACUAUUUGUAAUCAUAAACUCGGGAUCUUAUGAACAUUAAAUGUGAUACGGGCUUAUAUUCCAAAUACCGAACUCGUGAACAUAUAUAUUCAACAGAGAGGAACUCUGUUUUUGUGAUUGGCACUGAUAUAUAUAUACACCUGAUAGUCUAAGAGGAUAUAGCGAUUAGAAGGUAUAUACCGGAGGAACUGAAAAUAUUGGAAGUAUUGUAUUGAAAUAUAGUGCAAUAUUCUGUGUAAUCUCAGCAGAAUGGAAAAUGUUACAUAAACAGUAAGGAAUCUUUGGAAAUACUAAAACGAAAUGUCUUUUUCUGAGAAAGGAUGACAAAGGGGAUUAACCGACUCAGAUGGAUGUUUCACCUUGGUGUUUUUAUCAUCAUAUGUAGUGUUACAUGUAGUGCAGUAGCCAACGAUGACCUAGGAGAGCAACCAGAAUACAACGCCACAUAUAAAGUUAGGUACGUUAAAGCAAACGGCCGAAAUGUUGCACGAGGGUGUGUAUCAACCUUUCUGGAGACACUGAAGAUUCAACUGAAUACAUAUCGACAGGAUAUACAGAGGGGUGCUGGUCCAUCAGAUGAUAAUAGAGACGCUUGCAAUAAUACCCAAAUCAUAUUGGAUGAUUUUUCAGUGUCAAAAGAAGCAAAUAAAUAUAUAGAAAUAACUGGGAAUGUUAUUUACAAACUCAAGGAGGUGAAAGCGGAAGAUGUUGGUGAUGAAAUGCUAUUACGUGAUUGUGAUGCUCUAUUCCUUAGAGGACUAGGAAAGAAUAAUGUAGCGGGAGCAUCACUGAACCCGCCUGGACGAUGUGGAAGAUUAAACAUAAAUGGGGAAUUUAAUUUGGAGGAGACUGGGUGGCAGUGCCCUACAAGAUAUACGUAUAAUUCGAAUUAUCACAUAUGUGAACCAGUUUUAGACCCUGACGAUUCUAAAACAACUCAAAACAUUCCCUCCCAAACUCAUACCUCUAUUCAUAGAACCUCAAAUCCCAGUACAACUGACCCAUCUUCCAAAGUAACACUUCCUGACCAUACCCCUAUUUUUCCUAAUUCAAUAACAAUGAUUACAUCUGCAAAACCUUCGAUGACCAUGACAACACCAAAACAAAGUACAACAAUUACCACAGCACCAGAACAAACUGCAAUAUCCAAUACAGCAAAACAAAGUACAACAAUUGUCAAUACCCCAGAACAAACUACAAUGACCACGGCAGUAGAAAAAACUACAAUGAUCACGAUACCAGGAAAAACUACAAUGGCCACGACACCAGAACAAAGUACAAUGACCACGAUACCAGAACAAACUUCAAUGACCACGAUACCAGAACAAACAUCAAUGUCCACGAUACUAGAACAAAUUUCAAUGACAACGAUACCAGAACAAACUACAAUGACCACGAUACCAGAACAAACUACAAUGACCACGAUACCAGAACAAACUUCAAUGACCACGAUACCAGAACAAACUUCAAUGACCAUGAUACCAGAACAAACUGAAGUGACCACGAUACCAGAACAAACUACAAUGACCACGAUACCAGAACAAAUGUCAAUGACCACGAUGCCAGAACAAACUUCAAUGACCAUGAUACCAGAACAAACUGAAGUGACCACGAUACCAGAACAAACUACAAUGACUACAACUCCAGAACAAACUAAAACCUACACCACACCAGUGCAAACUACUAUUGCCAAAUCAAUAGGACAUACCACAAUCACAACAAUGCCAGAACAUUCUACAAAGACCAUAAAACCGGAACAAACUAAAAUAUUAACAACACCCGAACAAACAACAAUGACGACCACAACCAUAGCACAAACUACAAUGCAAUCGACUCUAGAACAAAUUACAGAAACCACUACGCAAGAGCAAAUUACCAAGACUACAACCCCAGUACAAAUAACAAAUAUCACAACACAUGAGCAAACCGAAAUAACAACAUUCCAAGAUAAAACUUCAAUUGCCACAACCCAAGAACAAACAACAAUACCAGAACAAACUUUAAUGACCACUACCUUGAGACAAACUACAAAGGGCCCAAAACCAGAACAAACUGCAAUGACCACAUCCCCAGAACAGAUUACAAUGAGCACAACACCGGAAGAAACUAUUAAAACCACUAACCCAGAAGAAACUAAAAUUACCACACCCCCAAAACAAAGAACUAUAAUCACAACACCUGGACAAACCACAUUGACAACAACACAAGAACAAAUAACAAUUGUCACAACCCCAGAACAAACGACAAAUAUUGCAACACAAGAACAAACUACACUGGCAACAACACCAGAAGAAACUACAAUGACAACAUCCCUAGAUAAAAGUGCCACAACAGAAGAUCGAAUUACAAUAACCACAACACCAGAACAAAUUACAAUGAAAAUAAGACCAGAACAAACUAUAAUGACAACAGUCAAAGAUCAAAAUACAGACACCAAAACUCCAGAUCAAACUACAAUGUCAACAACAGGAGAACAAGUUACAAUGACAACAUCCCAAGAUCAACAUACAGAGACCACAACCCCAGAAAAAACUAUGAUGACAACUACCCAAGGUCAAAUUUCAAUAACAACAACACCAGAACAAAGUACACUGACAAUUAGAUCAACAUCCCAGGAUAAAACUACAAUGACAACAUCCCAAGAUCAAACUACAAGUGCUACCACCCCACAACAAACUACAAUAAGACCAGAACAAACUACAAUUACAACAUCCCAUGCACAAACUACAAUGACAACAAUACCAGAACAAACUACAAUGACAACAACAGAGACAACAGCCCCAGAACGAAAUACUGUGACAACAUUCAACGGUCAAAGUACAAUGACUACAACACAAGAACAAACUACAAUGAAAACAUCCCAAGAUCGAUCUACAAAAUCCACAGCAUCAAAACAAACAACAAAGACAAUAACCCCAAAACAAACUGCAAUGACAACAUCUAAAGAGCAAAGUACAAUGACAAAAAUACAAGAACAAUCUACAGAAACCUCAACAUCAGAACAAACUACAAUGAAAACACCUCAAGAUCAAUCUACAGAAACCUCAACACCAGAACAAACUACAAUGACAACAACGCCAGAGCAAACUACAAUGCCAACAUCCCAAGAUCAAACUACAAUGACAACAACAGAACAAACUACAAUGUCAACAUCCCAAGAUCAAACUACAAUGACAACAAUGCCAGAACAAACUACAGUGCCAAUAUCCAAAGAUCAAACUACAAUGACAACACCAGAACAAACUACAAUGACAACAUCCGCAGAACAAACUACAAUGACAACAUCCCCAGAACAAACUAUGACAACAUCCGCAGAACAAACUACUAUGACAACAACGCCAGAGCAAACUACAAUGCCAAUAACCAAAGAUCUGACUACAAUGACAACACCAGAACAAACUACAAUGACAACAUCCGCAGAACAAGCUACAAUUACAACAACACCAGAACAAACUACAAUGACAACAUCCUCAGAACAAAUUACUAUGACAACAACGCCAGAGCAAACUACAAUGCCAAUAUCCAAAGAUCUGACUACAAUGACAACACCAGAACAAACUACAAUGACAACAUCCGCAGAACAAACUACAAUGACAACAUCCUCAGAACAAACUACAAUGACAACAUCCUCAGAACAAACUACAAUGAAAACAACACCAGAACAAACUACAAUGACAAUAUCCAAAGAUCAAACUACAAUGUCAACACCAGAACAAACUACAAUGACUACAACCCCAGAACAAACUACAAUGACAACAUCCCAAGAACAAACUACAAUUACAACAAUACCAGAACAAACUACAAUGACAACAUCCUCAGAACACACUACUAUGACAACAACGCCAGAGCAAACUACAAUGCCAAUAUCCAAAGAUCUGACUACAAUGACAACACCAGAACAAACUACAAUGACAACAUCCGCAGAACAAACUACAAUGAAAACAACACCAGAACAAACUACAAUGACAACAUCCUCAGAACAAACUACAAAGAAAACAACACCAGAACAAACUACAAUGACAACAUCCAAAGAUCAAACUACAAUGACAACACCAGAACAAACUACAACGACUACAACCCCACAACAAACUACAAUGACAACAUCCCAAGGUCAAACUACAAUGACAACAUCCAAAGAUCAAACUACAAUGACAACACGAGAACAAACUACAAUGACUACAACCCCAGAACAAACUACAAUGACAACAUCCCAAGAACAAACGACAAUUACAACAGCACCAGAACAAACUACAAUGACAACGACCUCAGAACAAACUACUAUGACAACAACGCCAGAGCAAACUACAAUGCCAAUAGUCAAAGAUCUGACUACAAUGACAACACCAGAACAAACUACAAUGACAACAUCCGCAGAACAAACUACAAUUACAACAACACCAGAACAAACUACAAUGACAACAUCCUCAGAACAAAGUAUUAUGGCAACAACGCCAGAGCAAACUACAAUGCCAAUAUCCAAAGAUCUGACUACAAUGACAACACUAGAACAAACUACAAUGACAACAUCCGCAGAACAAACUACAAUGAAAACAACACCAGAACAAACUACAAUGACAACAUCCAAAGAUCAAACUACAAUGACAACACCAGAAAAAACUACAACAACGCCAGAACAAACUACAAUGACAACAUCCAAAGAUCAAACUACAAUGACAACACCAGAACAAACUACAAUGACUACAACCCCAGAACAAACUACAAUGACAACAUCCAAAGAUCAAACUACAAUGACAACACCAGAACAAACUACAAUGACUACAACCCCAGAACAAACUACAAUGACAACAUCCCAAGAACAAACUACAAUUACAACAGCACCAGAACAAACUACAAUGACAACAUCCGCAGAACAAACUACAAUGAAAACAACACCAGAACAAACUACAAUGACAACAUCCAAAGAUCAAACUACAAUGACAACACCAGAAAAAACUACAACAACGCCAGAACAAACUACAAUGACAACAUCCAAAGAUCAAACUACAAUGACAACACCAGAACAAACUACAAUGACUACAACCCCAGAACAAACUACAAUGACAACAUCCAAAGAUCAAACUACAAUGACAACACCAGAACAAACUACAAUGACUACAACCCCAGAACAAACUACAAUGACAACAUCCAAAGAUCAAACUACAAUGACAACACCAGAACAAACUACAAUGACUACAACCCCAGAACAAACUACAAUGACAACAUCCAAAGAUCAAACUACAAUGACAACACCAGAAGAAACUACAAUGACAACACCAGAACAAACUACAAUGACAACACCAGAACAAACUACAAUGACUACAACCCCAGAACAAACUACAAUGACAACAUCCCAAGAACAAACUACAAUAACAACAUCCCAAGGUCAAACUACUAUGAUAAUAACGCCAGAGCAAACUACACUGAUAACAAAACCAGAACAAACUGCAAUGGCAACAUCCCAAGAUCAAACUACUAUGAUAAUAAUGCCAGAGCAAACUACACUGACAACAAAACCAGAACAAACUGCAAUGGCAAAAUCCCAAUAUCAAACUACAAUGUCAACAUCCAAAGAUCAAACUACAAUGACAACACCAGAACAAACUACAAUGACAGUAUCCCAUGAACAAACUACUAUGACAACAACGCCAGAGCAAACUACAAUGCCAAUAUCCAAAGAUCAAACUACAAUGAGAACACCAGAACAAACUACAAUGACUACAACCCCAGAACAAACUACAAUGACAACAUCCCAAGAACAAACUACAAUUACAACAGCACCAGAACAAACUACAAUGACAACAUCCUCAGAACAAACUACUAUGACAACAACGCCAGAGCAAACUACAAUGCCAAUAGUCAAAGAUCUGACUACAAUGACAACACCAGAACAAACUACAAUGACAACAUCCAAAGAUCAAACUACAAUGACAACACCAGAACAAACUACAAUAACAACAUCCCAAGAUCAAACUACAAUGACAACAAUGCCAGAACAAACUACAAUGCCAAUAGUCAAAGAUCUGACUACAAUGACAACACCAGAACAAACUACAAUGACAACAUCCAAAGAUCAAACUACAAUGACAACAUCCCUAGAUCAAACUGUGAUGUCAACAACAACAGAAGAUAUUGCAAUGACAACAUCCCAAAAUCAAUCUUCAAUGACAACAACACCAGAACAAACCACACUUACAAUAAGAACAGAACAAACUACAAUUACAACAUCUCAUGAACAAAAUACAAUGACAACAAUACAAGAACAAACUACAAUGACAACAUCCAAAGAUCAAACUACAAGUGCUACUACCCCACAACAAACUAUACUUACAAUGAGACCAGAACAAACUACAAUGACAACAAUACAAGAUCAAACUACAAGUGCUACUACCCCACAACAAACUAUACUUACAAUAAGACCAGAACAAACUACAAUUACAACAUCCCAUGAGCAAACUACAAUGACAACAAUACCAGAACAAACUGCAAUGUCAACAUCCCCAGAACAAACUACAAUGACAACAUCCCAAACUAUUAUUCCCACAACACCUGGACAAACCCUAUUGACCACUACACAAGGAAAAACUACAAUUCCCAAGACCCCAGAACACACUACAAUAACAACAUCCCAAGAUCAAACUACACUUGCUACAACCCCAGAACAGACAACAAUGACAACAUUACCUGAACAAACUAUAAUGACUACAUCCCAAGAUCAAUCUAUGGAGACCACAACACCAGAACAAACUGCACUCUUCCGAACCCUAAAACAAACUACUUCAUCCCUUCCUUUCAAAACCACCAUGGGAAUUAUGAGUCCCUACACAAGUGCAUCACCUACAAGGUCCCAAUCAAAUAGGUGGACAACUGAAAGGGUCCCUGGAACUACCUAUGACCUGCCAGCCACGAGUUGUGAAGAUGCAGGAUGUGGUGCAGAUGUGAAUCUAACCGUCGUACCUGCUGACUUGUUGGGAAAAUUGAACCGUAAAUUAGGAGUAAAAUGGUGCAGGGAGAUGAGAAAUGCCUCAGAAUGUUACAGCUCCAGUGGGUGUGAAAAGGGAAAUACUGAUGAAGUAAUAUCAGUUGCUAUACAACAAUUGCAACUGCAGUUUUGUGUUGAAAACUGCUCCUAUGUUGGUGUGGUAGACUGUAUUGGAGAUUGGAUUCUACUAGAUACACCAACAACCAUAACUGACAUCUCUCCAUCUUGCUCCAUCAAAGAUGACAUCUUUGACUGCAUCAAUCAGCAUACUAAUUCCUGCCAAGGAACUGGUCAUCUUCCAUCUUAUGGUCAACGGAUAAAGGAUGCUGUAAAUGAAAGCUGCACAUAUGAAACAGAUAGCCCAACUACUGAAGAUGUCACUGAAGAUCCAAUACAACUAACCACAGCUCCAACCUUGAUAACCAGCACCGAAGAGCCAUCAUCUUUGACAUCCACAAGCCAUGAUGUAAUCAUUGCCUCCACCACGAUACUAACAGGUACCAAAGAUAAUGUGAGAACAACAGAAUCCACACUGGCUCCAAAUCCACCCUCAACUACCACAGAGUUGCCAUAUUGUAAUCUUGAACAAUGUACCACUGAUGACUCAGAGGCUAGCGUUUGCAGGCGCUGGGAGAUAAAGCUGAACUGUAUGAAUCAUAUUCUCUCCACAAGUCUAUGUAAACUAGAGGCCUCAGUUAACUCCUCUUUGAAGUUCAUUAGGAACUAUUUAUCGAAAUACUGCGGUCCACCAACAAAGCCAUGUUCUGCCCAUAUAAAGGAAUGUGCCAUGCCUGUCAUCUACUUUCUACCUACAAUGAAUGCCACAUACACUCAACUUGAGAGUGAAAAUGUCACAAAAUUCUGCAGUGCCAUACCUGAUGUCAACAACUGCCUUGGUGAUCUUGAGGGUUGUACAGAAACUAACAUAAUAGAUGGCGUUGAUGUACAAGCUCUCUAUAGUCAUAUCUGUAUUGAAGGAUGUUCAUAUGCUGAAGUCAAAAGGUGCCUCCGCAGAUUCCCUGAUGCAUUUCAACCACCCAUUCAAGCUUCAAAAUAUAUCAAUACAUGCAACAACAAGGUGUUUCUGACAGGCUGUUUAGAAGGUGCUACCAACACUUGCAAUGCUGAAUCUCCAUUACUUCAACACAAACAGAUGUUGGAUGAACAAUUUAGCUUCUAUUGUCAACCCUAUAGAGAAAUUCCUGAAGUGGUUGUGACAUGGGAAGAUGCCAGCUCAGAAAGUAUAAUCACUACGCCUUUAUUUACUGGUCAAUAUUAUGGCAACCCAACCAUAAGAGAGGGCCCUAGAGGAAAAUACAUCGAACUUAAUGGAGAUGAGCAGUAUGUAAAGUUUACCACAACUGGGACGUGUUUAUCCAAUCCUUCACUAUGCCUAGAUGGAUUGAGUUUCUUCCUCUGGGUGAAUAUCACCAGAUUUGAAGAAAAUAUGUACAUGGUGUCAAGCAGGGACGAUGACAUUGACUCACCAGGGAUAAAUAUUUAUUACCAGUCCGAUAUUGUACAUUUCGAAUUGUGUGAUAGUGAACAUAUAUGGAGGAUACAGAUUAAUUCUUCAGAGUUUGAUAUCAAUGAGUGGUUCCGUAUUGAAAUGACUUGGAAUGCACAAAAUGGAUUGAAAGUCAUUUUGAAUAAUGAGAUAGUAUUCAGUGAAAGUACAGGAAAAACAAUAUCACCUAGUACUAGGAAGAAGAAAAGAUCUGUGGAUGUGAAUGCCGAAAUACAUUCCAUGAUGAAACAGUUACACGGUUCUAGUGAAGAAUCCAUCGAUAAAACACAAAUACCAUUGUUGCCAAAAAUACCUGUGAUAAAAAAUUAUAACAAAAACGAGAACAUUCAUGCACAAAAUAUGUAUCAACUCCAAUAUGCUAAUUUAAUUACAUUUAAUGAUAUGAGAACUAUACAAAAGAAUCAGAAAACCCAUAACACAUAUCUUAGGGAAAAACGAGAAGUUGAAGCUGAAGUUGAUCCAGAGUCUGAGAGUGUUGCAGAAACAUAUCUCUAUCUUGGACGCUCUGCUCGUAAUGAUGAAGAUGAUAUAAUAUAUGCUGAGAUGGCAUUUGAUGAUUUUGCCUUCGUUCCAGCGCAUAGAAGUACAUUAGAAGAUAUGGGGAUAAUGCAAAGAAAUAAUGACCCAUGCAGUAUGGAAGAAGUCGAAGUGUGCGUUAAGAAGAUGAAUCACCUUGUCAACUACUCUGGUAGUCAGGACGAUGAUAAACACAUUUGCGAAUAUUUUUUCUGUCCCAAUGGAACCACACCAGAAGUUGAAAGCUGUGGUUGUUUUGAGAGUGCAACCUCAGGGUGUGGUCCUGGACUAAUCCAAGCUGCCUAUGAAAAACUGGUAGAAAACAGUCUCACUCAAUACAUAGACGAGUUUAACUGUGAUUACUAUGGGCCUGGUCUACAGUUUCUUACAUCUAGUGCCAUAUUGAUUGAAGAAGGUGCUCCCGCUACUGUGAUUCAGUUCAAUUUGACAGGUCCCCCAAUCAAGGUGUGUGGUUCCAGUACCUGCCAAGUUGAGGUGCUCUUAGAUAAUGAGGACACAUUCUUUCCUAUAUGUCGUAAAACGAAUGCCUCGAUCCCUCAGUUGGUUGUAGAGGGCGACACUUGUCUGGUACAGGUGUCCACUGACAACUACAAAGAAACACAUGAAAUUCUAGUCAGAGCAAAGUUGGAUUGGAAGUACGAUGGAAUGCAGACACGCAAAAUUGGAUUGCGUUUUAAAGAUGGCAGCACACUACCUAUUGCCACAUUAGAUGUGAAUAUAGAAGACAAGGAUGGACAGGCAACUUGUCAGUCUAUAAAUGAUCCUCAUUUACUAACAUUUGAUGGCUUAUCUUACAACAAUUUCUUCAGUGGUGAAUUUAUACUUUAUAAACGAACAGACUUUGGGGAUAACCCAUUCAGAGUUCAUGUGAUGUACCAGAAUUGUGGAGAAAACGUGCUUGCAUCAUGUAAUUGUGGGGUUGCUGUGCAAUCCAAUGAUGACAUAUUUGUCAUUGAGAGGUGCAGGAGAAGGAAGGAUCCAUUUCAAACAGGCCGCUUCAACAAUAACAAACCUCUACUCAGGGCUGACCUCAUUCUCAAUGGACAACUGACCCCUGGAACCAAGAUCAUCAGUGAUGCAGAAGGGAGAGUUUAUCAUGUUCACCUACCACAUGGCACAUUUGUUACAAUUAAGCUGAAUGAAGAUUUGUUGAAUGUCUGGGUAACUGCUUCCCCUAGUGAUGAAGGACAUACUCAAGGGUUAUGUGGGAGUUAUGACAGAAAUGUAUUGAAUGAUCUCAUGUUUUCUAAUGGUACAAUUGACGAAAUUCCUCCUACUGUUGACAAUAACACUAUUGAACCCAAUGAGUUCUCAGCUUCAUGGAGAGUUGACAUGUCUAGUGAGACUAUAUUCAAUGGAGUGCCUGCAAAUGAUGAGUACACACCUAAAAUGUACUGCUCCUGUACAGGCACCUUGGAGGACUGUGAAUAUAGCAAUCACGUUUCAACUUGUGAUAUAUUUAAAGGUGAAGAUGUCACAGAGGCUUUGGUCACAGAGGCAGUAAUAUUAGGAGGAAACUCAGGGGUUAGGCGGAGGAAACGCAGAGAAGCUGGAUUUAAUGUCAUCAACUUCGACAUCAAUGAAAAGCAACUUCCUCCGAUCUACAAAUGGCCCACAUUAAGCAAUAGGACUGAAGCUUGGGCAGAUCAAUACUGUAUCAGCUAUGCCUUUGAGAAGUCAGAAAUAGGCAAACAAUGCAGGAAACUACCAAAUAUCGACUUCCAGCAAGAGGUGACCAGCUGUAUUGAGGACAUUAAGAUUACAGAUGACAUAGAAUGGGCCCAGUCCUCUCUAGAUGCCAUCAAGGCCAAGUGUCUAUCAGAAGUAGAGCGUAAUACUGAGAUAUCAGAGGAGCUAGCCAACAGUAUAGAUGCCGCUAUGUGUCCUGUCAAUUGUGCCAACAAUGGAACUUGUGUUAAUGGUGUAUGCAUAUGCAGUCCAGAUUUCAUGGGAGGAGAUUGCACAGUCAGUAAAACAAAACCACCAACCAUAUUAGGAAUGGCUAAUAAUGGAGAAUGUGAUGGCAACUGUAAACGAGCGACCAUAUAUGGAGAAACUUUUGUCAAGUCAAACAAUCUAACGUGCCAUUUUGAAAUUGUUGAGCUCACCAAUUCCUCAACAGAAUAUUCUGGUAACUCCACCAAAGUAAAAGCCAUCUUUAAUAACUUCAACCAAAUUGAGUGCACUCUUCCCAAGUCUGGCCAAUCCUAUAUGAUCAAUGUCAGCAACGAUGCUGAACAUAUGAGCGACCCGGUGCUAUUCAUAACCUACAAUUCAACGUGCCAAACAUGUGAUGCAAUCAGUGGCACGUGUUCUAUAAACCCAAACUUUUGUUACAUUCACAUAGAGAACAAGUGUUAUGACAGUGGAUAUGCGUCACCUUCUGAUCCAUGUAUGACAUGUAAUCCUACAGAGGAUAAUAGAGGCUUCACCCCUGAACCAGGUUGUUCUCCUGAUGCUGACGUGGUUAUCGUGCCAACAUCUACCCCUGUUGGCUUCUUGGGAACUAGGGACAUCAUCAUUAUAGCAGCAUGUGCAGCUGUUGCCUUGGUUAUAGUGAUUGUCAUGGUAACUGCCAUAAUCAUUUGGAGAAAGAAAAAGCAUGAUUCGAAUGAUGGCCCCAGUGAUCAAGGAAUAGACACUGAAGCUAUGCAUUAUACUAAUAUAGCCCUACACAGGGACAGUGGGUUGAACAUCAUGUAUGACGAUGCUGCAGAGUUUGGACAGUGGCCUGGACAGUUUAGAAUCCCAAGGCCCAGUGUGUAUGGGAGAAGUAGCAGAGGGUCCAGUUCAGGAACAACAUUAGAUGGUGUUGAAAUCAGAGAUGACACCUACUUUUAAAAGAUUUAUAGUCCUCUCUUUGUGUGAUCAAGUGUCAAAUACAGGGUCAUUCUUUCUAAAGUGACUUGUUGUGAUGUCACAACAAAUUGGAGUAGUUAGCAUUAAUUGACAACAAUAGUAAACAAUAGUUUACAGGCGGGGCAGAGUCCUGAAAGUUUACAGGCAAUGCAUAGUCAUGAAAGACUACAGGCAGGGCAUAGUCAUGAAUGUUUACGGGGAAGAAAUGGUCAAGAAAGACUACAGUCAGGGCAUAGUCAUGAAAGUUUACAGGCAAAGCAUAGUCAUGAGAGUUUACAGGCAGUGCAUAGUCAUGAUAGUCAGAAGCAGACAUUCAUGUGUGUAUUUAUUCAUUUAGGCUCAGAUAUGGAAUUUGGGGUUAUUUAGAAUUCAAACUAAAGACCUCCAUUUUAUUGAAGUUUAUCUAUUGCUUCAGAAAAUAGAUUGAAAAAGGAUGUUGCAAAAAGUGUCAUCAUAAUUUGCCAUAAGAUAACCUGAUGCACAGUUUUUCCCUAAACUUUCUCUCAGGAGACAUGGGAUAUAUGUGAUAUGUGUGAUGUGAUGUACCAUAUGGUGCAAUAUUAUGGUGCAUAAUUAAUUAUACUAAAUAUGUUAUGCUUUGAUGUAACUAUAAGUUCUUGUUACUAGUAAAAUGUGUAAAUACACUGUAAAUAUUAUGCCACAAUAAAUAAACUGUUAUAUUUUUAUUGAACAAAAUCUGUUGUUGUAUUACCCAUUUACAGUUUAAAAUAUAGCCAAUAGAGAACCUGUCAUUUAUUGCAGCUUUUAUGUAACAUUGAGCAACACAAUGAGCUGACAGUACAUGAAGCAUUUAUUUGUGAGCUCAAAUCUUUGUUUUUGAGUGCCUGAGCUCCCAAAUCAUGUAGAUACACAUUUGGAGUCUGUUCAGAACUUCUGCUUUAAGUUUUUUCAUGAAUCCUACAGUGCCAUGGCAGAAUAAUCGCAUAAUUACCAAUUUUAUAA